CCAGCAAGUCAAAUCCGACUGGGCAAUGAAAUUGAUAUUGUGACGGCCACAAUAUUCGGGCACAGCUUGAUUGAGCUCAUCACGUUGUUCCGAUGUGUGGCAGGGAUCGAGUCAUAUCGGUGACAUGGUCCUGUCCUUGGUCGGUUUUUAUCAUAUCCGCUCGAAUGUUUUUCACGGAUAUUCCUCCGACGUGGUUCGAUGUGACAUCAGAAGACGGCCACUCAGUCCCAUGGUCAUCUUGGGGUCCACAAAACUCUCGUUUCUUCCCUGGAACGGGGUUCAGCGGCGAAGGUUCGGGUUUGUUUGGUGUUGGAGGAUCCCGUGUUAUAUGGGUGUAUCCCGUCGCAUACGGAAAUGGUACAUUGUUCCAUUUACACAUGACCGACUUCAAUCCCUCCGCCGUGGCGCGUAGCAUUGACAAUGUAUCCAGCAAACCUACAACGUCAUCGCUACGUUACCGGUCGGACGUGCAGGUGACGACAUACCUCCCUUUUGUGGAGAUGAUCCGCGACCAUGUUUGCCGUGGCUCCCUUCUGAAUAUCGUACUGGACGAGGAGAAGAUGGCGAUCAUUACCAAACCUCCAAUUGAGUCUGGGUGGAGAAUGCAGAUCGACAUUUUUGAACCAUAGUCUAUUUCUCAUCGCAGUCAUAAGCGUCUACGCAAAUAAUAAGAUUUUUCAAGCCUUCCGUCAAUAAAACUAUUGCACCUUAGCCUUUGUUGGGCACAUCGAUGAACAAAAUCUGAUCGUCAUCCACUGGCACCCAUCUGCCGCCACUCACAGCAUCAACUGAAUACUUAUGGAUGUUACAUAGACCAAGGCCAACCAAACGCACCUCCCGCCCCGUCACAGGCAUACGAAAUUGUGAAGUCACGGCACUUUGGGGAAAGAGUGAGCUGAUCAUGGUAAAUGCAAGCGAGCCA